CUGCUGAUUGGCUAAGAGUCCAAGCACAUGUGCAAGUGACAGUUAAAUAACCUCAAAAUGUUCACGCGAAAUUGUUUAAUUUUCACCCGAAAUAGCCACAGAUGGGUGAAACCCAACGGUCACGACACCGGAAUCAAAGUCUUCAAUUGCACAGCUCGAACCAAAGUGCCACUUAUUGUGAAAAAUAAAAAUUUGGUGACUUGGUACACUUGUGGCCCCACAGUCUAUGACUCUUCCCACAUCGGCCAUGCCAGCUGUUUCGUCAAACUGGACAUAAUCCAAAGACUUUUGAGACACUACUUCAAUUUAAACGUCGUGACCGUGAUGAAUAUAACGGAUAUCGAUGAUAAAAUCAUUGCAAGGGCGAACACUGCCAAAGUUCCACCCAAAGAAUUAGCGAAGAAGUUUGAAGCAGAGUUUUGGAAAGACUUGGAUGCUUUGGACGUAAGGCGGCCAGACUGCGUGCUGCGAGUGACCGAAAAUAUGGACGUUAUUAAAAAUUUCAUCCGGGAGCUUAUUGAUAAAGGGAAAGCGUACAAAGCUGGGGAUAAUUCGGUUUAUUUCGACGUUGGUGCGUAUGAUAAUUACGCCAAGUUGCAAAAUAUUGGGGAAGAUGCGCCUGAACCGUCGAAAUUUAAAAAAUCCAAGAUGGAUUUUGCACUGUGGAAGGCGGCUAAACCGGGUGAAAUUUCCUGGGUUAGUGAGUGGGGAAAGGGGCGUCCAGGGUGGCAUAUUGAGUGCUCGGCUUUGGCUGGUCAUGUUUUAGGACCAGAAAUUGAUAUACACGCUGGUGGUAUCGACCUACGCUUCCCUCACCAUGAAAACGAAGAAGCCCAGUCGUGUGCACGCUACUGUAGACCCCAAUGGGUCAACUAUUGGCUACACACUGGUCAUUUGCACCUCAAAGAUAGCCAAAAAAUGUCCAAAUCGCUACAUAAUACAAUUUCAAUUAGCUCUAUGUUGGAAGACACCACAGCUCCAGCGUUUCGUAUGGCCUGUCUAAUGUCGCAUUAUCGAUCUAGGAUGGAAUAUAGCAACGAAUUUGUAAUAACUGCCUCUAAAGUUCUUCAAAAUUAUAUCAAUUUUGUUGACAAUUGCCAGAAUUAUUUAAACGGUUAUUUAAAGGCCGACGUUGACAAUGAUACUGUUAGUAAAUUAGUUGUUGAAAGUGCAAAUAAAAUUCACAGUGCGUUAAUCGACGAUUUUAACACAUCUGAAGUUAUAAGCACUAUAAACGAGCUAAUUUCAGCCGUGAAUAGCAUUUUACAUUCAUCUCGUACCGACUUGUGUGAUACUAAAUCGGUUGCUGUGAUAGCAGCAUCUAAUUUAGUUUCCAGUACAUUAAAUAUGUUUGGAAUAAAUGUAAACAAAAAACAGUCAAGUGUUUGUGAUAAUUAUGUAGAAGUAAUGAAUAUUUUAAAUGAUUUUAGGCAGAGCAUUAGGCAGUUGGGGAUCUCAAAUAAGGACAAAAAUGUUUUAGAGCUGUGUGACAAAGUUAGGGAUAAUUUAAAAAGUAUAGGAAUUACGAUAAAGGACCACGGGAAAAUGUCCUCAUGGUCCUAAUAUUUUUUUUAACUGAAUAAAACACAAUUGAAACUAUAA